AGGUGUGACUUCAGUUCUCUACAGAAAGUGAACUUGGUUGUGUUCCUGUAAUACAGAGGUGUCCGGAUUCUGUAAUGGUCAAAGCUUUCCAGUAGAAGAGGAUGAGACAAGAAUUAAAUGCAUGUGGGAGACUCUGGACCUAGGCACUUCGUGCUUUUGAUGCUAACUGGGAGGGAGCUUGAUAAACACUUUUACCAACUUUUCAUAGAAAAAACAGGUAUCUUGCAUAUUACUUUGGCCAAACGAGGAGACGAGUAGUGUUUUCUUCUGAAAAACUCAAAAUAAACGUAAAAUGUCUGGAAAAACAGCAAUUAGGAGGAUUUAUGGGUCUGUACUUCCAAACAGAAUUUGUACUGAGAGAAAAUUCUGAAUAUGGCUUGAUUUGCGCUCGAUUUUGGCAGUGUUUCUAAUGAGUAUCCCAUGGACUCUAUCAAGUUCAAGGGGUUCUACUCUAGCACUGAGGAGCAGAACCCUGAGCUGCAGCCCGGUAUCAGUGAAAGCAUUUCUUCGUCGUUCUCUUUAGAAGAGCAACAGAAAAUGAGUGAUUAUUCUGGACUUGCAAAUAACCAUAGCCAGAUGAUUGCUGAAGAUUCAGAAAUUCAGACAAAGCCUGAACACUCUCGUGAAGUUCUUCAGGAAGAUAUUGAAAUGAGCAGUGGAUCCAGUGGAAAUGACUUCAGUGGAAAUGAUACAAAUGAGAACUACUCGAGUGGGCAUGAUUCUCAUGGCCAUGAAUCUGAUGAAAAUGGGAAAGAUUCAGCAAUGCUUAUGGAAUCGUCAGACUGUCAUAAAAGUUCAAGCUCAAAUGCGUUUAGUCUGAUGAUUGCGAACUCUGAACACAACCAGUCUAGCAGUGGAUGCAGUAGUGAGCAGUCCACUAAAGCCAAAACACAAAAGGAAUUGCUGAAAACAUUACAAGAGCUGAAAGCUCACCUUCCUUCUGAAAAGAGAAUUAAAGGCAAAUCUAGUGUCCUAACGACGUUGAAAUAUGCCCUUAAAAGCAUUAAACAAGUUAAAGCCAAUGAGGAGUAUUACCAAUUGUUGAUGAUUAAUGAAUCCCAACCUGCUGGACUCAAUGUGUCAUCUUACACGGUGGAAGAAGUGGAGACUAUAACUUCAGAGUACAUUACGAAAAAUGCGGAUAUGUUUGCUGUAGCUGUUUCUCUGAUUACUGGGAAAAUUUUGUACAUCUCUGAUCAAGCUGCCUCUAUUCUCCGCUGCAAGAGGGGUUAUUUUAAAAAUGCCAAAUUUGUGGAGUUCUUGGCACCUCAGGAUGUCAGUGUGUUCUAUACUUCUACUACCCCAUACAGAUUACCAUCAUGGAAUAUUUGCAAUAGAGCAGAGUCUUCCACCCAGGAUUGCAUGGAAGAAAAAUCUUUUUUCUGUCGUAUCAGUGCGGGAAAGGAGCGUGAAAGUGAGAUUUGCUAUCACCCGUUUCGGAUGACUCCUUACCUUAUCAAAGUGCAAGAUCCAGAAAUAGCAGAGGACCAACUUUGCUGUGUGUUGCUGGCAGAAAAAGUACAUUCUGGUUAUGAAGCACCCAGAAUUCCUCCUGACAAAAGAAUUUUUACAACUACGCACACACCAACCUGUUUGUUUCAGGAUGUAGAUGAAAGAGCAGUACCUCUGUUGGGAUACCUACCUCAGGACUUAGUAGGAACACCAGUCUUGGUGCAUCUUCACCCGAAUGACAGACCUCUAAUGCUAGCAAUUCACAAAAAAAUACUUCAGUACGGAGGACAGCCUUUUGACUAUUCACCAAUCAGGUUUUGCACUAGAAAUGGAGAUUAUAUAACCAUGGACACUAGCUGGUCCAGUUUCAUCAACCCUUGGAGUCGAAAAGUUUCAUUUAUUAUUGGAAGACACAAAGUUAGGACGGGUCCCUUAAAUGAAGACGUCUUUGCCGCUCCCAACUAUACAGAGGAUAGAAUUCUUCAUCCCAGUGUUCAGGAAAUCACUGAGCAAAUAUAUCGGCUAUUAUUGCAGCCUGUACACAACAGUGGAUCCAGUGGCUAUGGAAGUCUAGGUAGCAAUGGUUCGCAUGAGCACUUAAUGAGUGUGGCAUCCUCCAGUGACAGCACAGGAAAUAAUAAUGAAGACACUCAUAAGGAUAAACCAGUUUGUCAAGAUGUCCGUAAGGUCAAAAAUAAAGGACAACGUAUUUUCACUGACAAAGCAAAACUGGAAUGUAAGAGAGAGCUUGUUGCAGAAAAACAAAGUGGUCCUGGUGGUCAGGUAAAAGAUGUAGUGGGAAAGGAUACUCCAGGAACAGCUGCUCCUAAAAAUGUGACUACUGAAGAGUUGGCUUGGAAAGAACAACCCAUAUAUUCUUAUCAACAGAUUAGCUGCUUGGACAGUGUCAUCAGGUACUUGGAGAGUUGUAAUGUGCCUGGUACAGCAAAAAGAAAAUGUGAAACUUCAUCAAGUGUUGCAUCAUUGAAUUCUGGAGUUCAUCAACAAAAACCAGCUGAUAGUGCUAUACAGCCCUUGGGAGAUCCCGCUGUGUUGAAGGCAUCUGGUAAAUCAAAUGGUCCCCCAGUGGUUGGUGCUCACUUGACGUCUUUGGCUCUACCUGGCAAGCCUGAAAGUGUUGUCUCUCUCACAAGUCAGUGCAGCUACAGUAGCACCAUUGUUCAUGUUGGAGACAAAAAAACACAACCUGAAUUAGAAAUGAUAGAAGAUGGUCCAAGCGGAGCAGAACUCUUAGAUGGCCAACUUCUUGCACCUCCAUCUAGCUCUACACACGUAAAUCAAGAAAAGGAGCCAUUCAAAAAACUGGGACUUACAAAGGAAGUCCUUGCAGUGCAUACGCAAAAGGAGGAGCAGAGCUUUUUGAAUAAGUUUAAAGAAAUCAAGAGAUUUAAUAUUUUUCAGUCCCACUGCAAUUACUACUUACAAGAUAAACCAAAAGGACGGCCUGGUGAACGUGGUGGCCGUGGACAAAGAAAUGGCACUUCUGGAAUGGAACAGCCUUGGAAGAAAAGUGGAAAGAACAGGAAAUCAAAGCGCAUUAAACCACAGGAGUCUUCAGACAGUACAACUUCUGGAACUAAAUUCCCCCAUCGGUUCCCUCUUCAAGGUUUAAAUACUACUGCUUGGUCACCGUCAGACACGUCACAAGCGAGCUAUUCGGCGAUGUCUUUUCCCACUGUUAUGCCUGCAUAUCCGCUUCCUGUUUUCCCAGCAGCAGGGACUGUACCGCCAGCUCCUGAGACUUCACUCUCUGGUUUUAAUCAGUUGCCAGACUCUGGAAAUACUUGCCCUAUGCAACCAUCCCAGUUCUCUGCACCCCUCAUGACACCUGUUGUAGCUCUUGUGCUCCCCAACUACGUCUACCCAGAGAUGAACAAUAACUUACCUCAAACGCUUUACCACAGCCAACCCAACUUCCCUGCCCAUUCCGCUUUCUCUUCACAGACAGUAUUUCCAACACAGCCACCAUUUGCUACACCCAGCCCUUUCCCACAACAGGCGUUUUUUCCAGCACAGCCAUUCCAUUAUAAUCCACCAGCAGAGAGUGAAAAGGCUCCUGUUGCAGAGCCACGGAAUGAGCCAUCCCGUUCCUGCACUCCACAGUCAGUGGGUCCUCAAGACCAGGCUUCGCCACCUCUGUUCCAGUCAAGGUGCAGUUCUCCUCUGAAUCUCCUACAGUUAGAAGAAACCACAAAAACUGCUGAAAGUGGCGCUCCCACAGGUUUACAUGGAGCUUUAAGUGAGGAAGGACCCAUAGGCAAAAUCAUCACAACUGAUAACUGUAGCGGAAAGGGAUCCUUACCAGCUGAAUCUCCAAUGGAUGCUCAAAAUAGCGAUGCACUCUCCAUGUCUAGUGUCCUGCUUGACAUUUUACUUCAAGAAGACGCAUGUUCAGGCACUGGUUCAGCUUCUUCAGGGAGUGGUGUAUCUGCAGCUGCUGAGUCUCUGGGGUCUGGAUCCAAUGGCUGCGGCAUGUCUGGGAGCAGAACAGGUAGUAGUGAAACUAGUCAUACUAGCAAAUACUUCGGGAGUAUUGAUUCUUCAGAAAAUCAUCAUAAAACCAAAAUGAAGGCAGAAAUAGAAGAAAGUGAGCACUUCAUUAAAUAUGUCCUUCAGGAUCCUAUAUGGCUUUUGAUGGCAAACACAGAUGACACUGUUAUGAUGACUUACCAGAUACCUUCAAGAGAUUUGGAAACGGUUUUAAAAGAAGAUAAGCAGAAAUUAAAGCAAAUGCAGAAACUACAGCCAAAAUUUACAGAAGAACAAAAAAGAGAGCUUAUUGAAGUUCAUCCAUGGAUCCAGCAAGGUGGACUGCCAAAAACUGUUGCUAAUUCUGAAUGUAUUUUUUGUGAGGACAAUAUACAGAGCAAUUUUUACACAUCGUAUGAUGAAGAAAUCCAUGAAAUGGACCUUAAUGAAAUGAUUGAAGACAGUGGGGAAAAUAACUUGGUUUCCCUGAGUCAAGUCAGUGAAGGACAAACAUAGCCUUUGAGCAUGUUGUCUUCAAAGCUGCUUCAAAACUACAGUGAUGAUCCAUAAAGGUUUUAAUCUUGUAUCUAGCAAGAUGAAUCUGGUUCAUAAAAACAAAUGUGUUUUUCUUGCUUGAGAAGAGUCAUUUGUGAAUGAAUCUCUUUUUAAAUGGUGGCAAUCUCUUCCCAGUAAGGACAUUGUUGAAGAUGGUAUAGCUUUUCUUUAAAAAAGAAAGACUCAUUAUUUUGCACUUAUAUGCCUCAAGUAUUUGUUUAUACACUAUAGAAACUUUCAUUGAUGCCUACUGUAUUUUGUAGAGCUGGUUAAUGAGUACUGAAAAUCCCCUUACAUACAUACGGUUCUUCAAAUCUCCUUUGGUAAUGAUUCAGCAUUAUAAAUUGUUCUAGCAAUUUUGCUUAGUGGCUCUUUAGCAUUGUUCUUAAUAUUUGAAGUGGUCCGGCAUAGUAGAAGAAAUAACCUUCAAGCAAAUCAGUUCACACUUGCCCUUCUCAUACCAGUUGAUCCCAUCCUCUUUGUUUCCUAUAGUUUUGAAUGUAGGAACCUCUUUUGUCUAAGAGAAAUGUUGAACUAAUUUUGUAAGAUUGUCUUGGGUUAAAAUACUUAUGUGAAUGUGUAAGAAAGUAUAGAUGAGCGCUGACAACUCUGUAGCCUUUUAUUU